AGUUCCGGUACACAGGUCACACAACUACCGUCAUGGAGGCGCCCACGUUUACAAGAAUUCUGGCAGCUUUCGUUAUUUUAUGUCUGCUUGAAAUAACAACUCUGACAGGAGGAGAUAUCAUAGACGAAAAUGAAGUAGUCGAAGAAGCCGAUGAAUUUGAUGUAUAUCCUGGAGGCGAGGUGCACACGUUUGAACAAGAAAAAGAAGGCGUAAGGUGCAAAUUCACAUACUCUGCUCAGGGAGGAACAAACGAAAAAUGGCUGUUCGUGAUAUCACACACACCGGACAAGAAAAGGUUUCACUGCACCGUAGAACGACCAGAUGGUAAUUCCUACUUGUUCUUUAUGACGUUUUCGCUCAGUGUCGAAGGUGCGACGUUGGAGGAGGCAAAUGUCGCUGGCAAGAACUUUGAAGCUCUCGGUAAAGAACAGUACAUCAUUAAUGGCAACGAAGUGAAACACAGCAGUACAUUCCAGAGUGGUCUCAGUUCAGUGCUUAUCACAGCCAAAGGAGUGAUAUCAGAGGAACUUUGAAUGUCAUGCUGAAGAGAGUGGGACAAUAUGGCCAUGUUUGAUGAAAAUAGCAAUAAGAACAGCAAUUUAACCUUGUGUUAGGAAAAAUUUAACGUUUUAUUCACGUUAAAACGUCACUACAAUCAUCAUACACAAGAUGGAAAGCACGUGGCUGGCAAAAUUUUCUGUAUAUUAAUAUAUUUUUUAUAUAUCACUACUCCAACAACUCACCUUUCAUAUAAAUAACAUUGUGAUGGGGUUUCUGUGGUUUAGAAGUAAUUUUCUUGCUGUUUUGAUGUAUUUUAAAUAAACGUGUGAUCUUUUUGCCUCAGUGUCUCAUGCAUUAUAUGCAAAGAUUCUAAGUGUUGCACACUGGCACAGUUUUGCGAAACAACAUUGUUCAAACUUCGAAAAUAGUAGGCUAGCUAAUAAAUUUAUUGUUUUGGUGAUGUGAGCAAUGUACAUCUCAAGUUCAUGGUAUACAGCUUGUUUUGGUGUUGAGUGAGUUUUCAAUUUCAUUAUAACAUAACUGGGCAAUAAAAGCACAAAAUACUGCAAGUUUGUUUCAUCUA